GUGUUUUAGAAUAUUGAAAUAAUUAUUAAUUAUUCGAAGUAAAUGUGCAUUGUUGUUUAAAAGCAUCGUAGAUACACCGUCUCCCUCGAAAUUUACCUUCAGACUGACACGUUGUUGUCUUCUAUGAAAAUUUUUUUUAUUAAACAUUGUUUAUAUGACUUUCCAAACGUUGCGCAUGAGCAUAACACAUUUAUUACAAUAUAACUUGAUUAUAUUAUAUACUGUAUUCGCUUGAAGUUGCAACUAUCGCCUGCUGGUGAUCCCGGUGAUAACUAAGAAGAUGUUGGUUACACGAAAAGUAGACUUGUGAGCUUCUAUGUACUACAGCUGUAUUCUUUAAACAUAUCCAUGUGGUAUAUCUAAAGGUAACCGAGUUGGGGUUGUUCGCCGCGUCAAUAAUGGCGGUUUCCGGCGGCACGGCUAUCAAAGGAUAUAGAUAUGGAUAUAGACAUAGAGUCGACCGACUGCUAAACUGUGAUACAAGUCUGUGAACGCAACACGGAUAUAUCUUGAAAUAUUCGUCAAGGCAAUCGUUAUAUAUCACGUUUUUGCGAAGAGAAACGUGUUAGACAGACCUAAAGUUAGACAAUCAAAAACGUUUCUACGUUUCGUGGGAUGUGGUUCUUCCGCAUUUGUGAAUAGUCAAACAAUUUUCGAUGCGAGACGUAUGUAGUGUUUCUCAAAUGGAGUUGACUGUACAAUCGUGACUUUCGGCUUCGAACAGACUGACUGCAGUUUACACAACAUCUCAGAUUAAGUUUUUAACUGUUCCAUUUAAACGUGCGAUCCUUCCAUCAAAAUUACCAUAUCAUGGCCUCAUCAAAUAGAGGUAUUCAAAUUGGUUCGGCCUGGUAUCAAACUAAUAUUAAGCUAAGACCACAACAUCGUGGCAUACAUCUUGUUACCGAAGAAAUUUUAAAACAAAUUCCAGAACUAUAUCAGUUCUCUGUUGGUCUUUGCCAUAUACAGAUUCUUCAUACAUCAGCUAGUUUAGCAUUAAAUGAAAGCUGGGAUCCUGAUGUAAGAGAUGAUAUAGAAAUGAUGCUUAACAAAAUAAUUCCUGAAGGAUUAGACUAUAGACAUGAUUGCGAAGGUCCAGACGACAUGCCGGCUCAUGUAAAAGCAUGCUUUUUGGGAUCUUCAUUAAGCAUUGCAAUUACGAAUGGAAAGUUAGCUCUUGGUACAUGGCAAGGUAUUUGGUUUUGCGAACAUCGUGAUAAUGCAGGAAGUCGCAAAUUAAUCAUAACGUUGACCGGUUGUCUCAGGGAUUCAGCACGUACCCCUUUAAGUCCCGUCAGCCCUAUUGCUUCUACCAGCAGCUAGGACCAAUCACACCCCCAAAGGUGUGGCAAACGUCAGCUGCACAUAUCUACUUCUAGUAAUUUAAGCUAGCAGCUGCUUAAUUAAGAGUAGAAUCGAAGGAAGAGUGAGUGGAUACUAUGUAAACACAUAAGAACUGUAUAUAUAUAUAUGAAUCUUUAUAUUGAACAAAUUGCUGGGAAAUUGGAUUAAUUUUUAGAGUCAUACUUUAGAUAUUCGAUUAAAUCAUUACAACACCGUUAUACAAACAGAUAACAUUAUUUGUUAAUUUGAUUUUAUUGUUUUGUUUCUUUUUUUAAGAAUAAGGUACAAUCGAAAUGAAAUAUUGGGAUUUAUUAGCAACAAUAUCCCUUUGAGGAAGAUGUCUGGAUACACUACUUGGAACCUUAGUUCUUCCUCGCUUGUAUCAAACCCACCGAAUACUGUCGCAAAUAACGUUUGUCCCGAUAUCCAGUCAAGUCGAGUUGGCGAGUUUUCUGCAUUCGAGUCCGCAUUCGAGUCCGCAUUCGAGUCCGCAUUCGAGUCCGCAUAGAGAGGCACGCACAUAUUUCAAUGAUCAUACGUACAUGUAAUUAUUUGUGUUUAAUGUGAAAGUAAGAGUCGGUGCAUCAAAAGAGUAUCAUUGAAUUCAUUUAAUAAAAUUAAACAAGGUACAAAAGACAAAGUUGAAUGUUUAAUCUAGUAAUGAUAAAUUUGUGCAAUUGAUUGUGCAAUAGAUUGUGCAAUAAAGUGUUCCAUAAGAAAAGAAUCAUGAGAAAUAUAAGUUAUAUAUACUUUAGAGACAUGCAACGUAAUUACACUAGUAUCCUAUACUCUUUCUCGUUACUCUUAGAUAUUAUAAAUAAUCGAAUGCAUUUUAAUGCGUCCAGUACUCCGAAUUUAAAUAUAUAUAUAUAUAUAUAUAUAUUUCUAUAUAUAUAUAUAUAUAGCUUUAUUUAAGAGACCCUUUUACAAAAAUAGUCAAAUUUGCCAAGAAAAUUAUACAGACAAAUGCUGGUCUGAAAACUUGCAUUCUUUUUUAUAUUGUGCAAGAGAUAACCAGCUUUAAUACAUUCUUUGUUAUAACUUUCUAAUUCGCUGCUUUUCAUAGUGCUGCUAUUUCUAAUGACGUUUCCAUUACAUUGGGGGUGUAAGUAGAAAGGUAUUUCUCAAACAAAUUCAAUAUCAAAAUUCUUUGCUGUGCUAAGGCAUUUCUGCUAGAAGUCAUUACAAAAUCUUACAAAUAAGAUGUGCAUUUACUAAUGUGUGGUGUGUGUGUGCAAACAAAGAACCAUUCCAAAUUCAAAGAUUUGACAGCAAUGUGAUCUAUAUUUUACAUUUGUCAGCAAAACUUGGCAUUUUCAAAUCUAAUUCAUCCUAGUGUAAUAUAAAAUGAUGCAUACAUUCCUGCAGAGAUUUAGCACUGCAAAGAGCUAUAAUAAAAAUAGCAUUCUCUCUCUCUCUCUCUCUCUCUCUCUCUCUCUCAUUACGUUUCUUAUUAACCACAGGUUAUUGUGAACUUGUAAAUGUAUAUCUAAUAUAAAAUUAAGCAAGUUGAUGUUAGUCAGUAAUAUUAUUCAUUUAUAGCGUAAACGAUCGUCCAUUCAUCGAUUAGUGGAUACGCUUUGUAAAAUAUCUAAUCCAAUAAUCCAUAGCUUAAAUAUCAACGAGUUAUAACAUUUCGUCUAUAACAAAAUUAUACACCAGAUUGGUGCACUUCGUGAUACAAUCUCAAAUACUGGAGAUUACGAAAUUCAUGCGCGCGAAUGUGAUUUUGAUCUUCUAAAUAUAUAUCCAAAGGAACAAAAAAAAAAAAAAAACAGCAAAAAAAAAGAAAAAAACAAAUUUUUAUGCCUAUAUGCCGAAUAACAAUUGAGCUGUCUAACUGAAGAUAAGUGAUAAGCAAAUAUAUGUCUGUCAAGCUGCCAAUACUGACAUACAUCAUCGGAGUAACAUGAGCUACUGUACUACAUGUUUACUACAUUUGAUGGUGGUAUAUAAAUUACAGACUUUGCUUCUAAUAAAUAUAAUAAGUGAAUUUUACUGCUCACAGAUUUCUUUUAUAAUUUAAUUUGUAAGCGGAAAUUAUUAGAAAGAAAUAUAACCCUUUGCACUCAUAUUGCUGGCGUGUGACAAUACUAAUUUUCCCUAAAACUCUUGAAUCACUUCUGACGUGACACUGAAGAAACAAACAAGAAUAAUUCUUUGAUUUGUUCGAUUAUUUGAUAGAUCAAAAUGCGUGUGUUGUUAUUUCUUUUGUUAUAUACUCUUCAUACGUUAUAUUUUUUUAUAUUAAAUAAGGGAUUUGUGCAAUAUUGCAUUUUGUUCAUUAAAUAUUGUUAUGUCGAAGGUGAUUGAGGAGUGCAAAGGAUUAAAUAACUGUAGCAAUUGUUUCUGCCUAAGAUACUGAAAUAGGAGAAAAUAAAGUCAGAAUUGCUGACUUGAAGAGAAAUUACAAAAAUGAUUAUAGUGCAAAGAGAUGAAAAAGAAAAAAAAAUCAAAAAAUAAGAAAAACUGAAAUUUUAACAUUUAUAAACAUUUAUAAAGUAUGUUUUUUUUUUUUUAAAGCAAAAUUCUCUUAUCUCUGUGUAAUCCUGCCAGUUGGACAGUUUUAAUAUAAGAUAUGGUAAAGACACAGUUAAAGAAGACAAAUUAAUCUUUUGUUAUUAUGAGCAUAUGGAUGUACAUAAUAUUGAUUCAUCGAAAAAAAAAAAAAAUGCUCUGUGCCAAACAUUCGUUUGGUCCUUUGAAUUGUACAGUUUCUAUCUUCGUCUGAAUGGGAAUUCUGUACAAAAUGAAAAAGUGAAGAAUCUUUUUGAUGAAAAUAGAUACCCAUUAAAAAUCAAUCUACACAAUGUACAUGCAAAAUGCUAAAUUCUACCUAUAUUAUUAUACUUAUAUAUUAUUUUAUUUACGUAGAAGUAAAUGUGCAAGAAAGAUAAAUCCAUUUUGUAAAAGCAUGAAUAUUAAUUGCAACUAAUUCACUAAAUGUAUUAAAUGAAAAAAAAAAAAAAA